AUGGCCGUGCUCCACUUGCACCUGUACCUCACCGUCUUGGGCUUCUGGAUGACACAGCAGUCCAGCUCCUUCCUUCUGCCCAAUGCCACCGAGCUCCUGUCCCCCCCUGGGGGCAGAGCCAAGGGUCUGCUGUGGGGUGUGGGGGUCCCCCGGAGCCGUCGGAAGCGAUACCUCUCCCCUCGCGACAUGAGCCUGAUUUUGGACUACCACAACCAAGUGCGGGCACAGGUGUCCCCCCCCGCUGCCAACAUGGAGUAUAUGGUGGGGGGGGGGCGGCUGGCCAGGGCAGCAGAGGCGUGGGCUGCGCGCUGCCUGUGGGACCAUGGGCCCCCCCAGCUGAUGAAAUAUGUGGGGCAGAACCUCUCCAUCCACUCGGGCAGGUACCGCUCCGUCAUGGAUAUGGUGAAAUCGUGGUACCAGGAGAAGGAGCACUACUCCUUC